UUUCUAAUCUCGAUCAAAGCUAUUGGCCUCAAUCAGCCGUGCCCUGGACCAGCCUAGUACUUGCUGAGAUAAUAGGAUUGCUGCCAUGGUAAUGGGCGCAAACGUUAAGCUGAUCAUUGAAGGCUAUCAAGGUUACCUGAGGUCACUGUAUUCAAAACGAAUAAUUAAAUUACGUAUUUGUAUUCAAUUCGUGCCAUUUCGUGUCGAUCAAUGACAGAGUUUUUGAAUUAUAGGAUGGCUAAAAGGAUGACAGUUGAAUAGUGGUGUCUCUUGGUAAUGCUGCUGCGCGUAUAAAGCGUAUCAUGUUUAUAGUUGAGCAUUGGAGUUUUUUGCUCUUGAGCACUGGAAGGUUUUCAAAAUAUUUCACCACCUAAUACAGGUGAAACAACACAUAUUCAGAACUCUCAGAAGACAUCUCGACCUGAUGUCAACCUGUUAUUGGCCUGGCUGUCAGCAUCUUUAAAGUGGCUGUCCUGUGUUGACGGACUGGAAAGAUGAGCGAGGAUGACCCGCCCAAACACAGUCUGCACUGGUUCCGCAAGGGUCUGCGGCUGCACGACAACGCCAGCCUGCUCGAGGGCGUGGCGGGCUCGACCACGUUCCGCUGCAUCUACAUCCUGGAUCCGUGGUUUGCCGGCUCGUCCAACGUGGGCAUCAACAAGUGGAGAUUUCUAUUGCAAUGUCUUGAGGAUCUGGACAAGAGUUUGCAGCGGCUGAACUCGCGCCUGUUCGUGAUCAGAGGCCAGCCCGCAGAUGUGCUUCCCAGCCUGUUCAAGAAAUGGAACAUCACCUGUCUUUCGUUUGGAGAGGAUCCGGAACCGUUCGGAAAAGUGCGAGACCAGAACGUGCGGAAAAUGGCGCUCGAACACAACGUGGAAGUGGUCUCGCGCACAUGUCACACACUGUACGACGUCGACACGGUGAUUGAGCGCGCCGGCGGCCGCUCGCCGCUCACCUACAAGCAGUUCCAGACGGUGUUGCUGUCCAUGCCGCCGCCGCCGGCGCCGCUGCACGCGCUCAACCACGACGUCAUUGGGGAUAGUGUGACGCCGGUGGGAGACGAUCACGACGACCGAUACGGAGUGCCGACGCUGGAGGAGCUCGGUUUCGACACCGAGUCGGCGCACAAGGGCGUGUGGCACGGCGGCGAGACGGAGGCGCUGGUCCGCCUGGAGCGCCACAUGGAGCGAAAGGCCUGGAUCGCCUCCUUCGGACGGCCCAAGAUGACCCCGCAGUCGCUCAAGGCCUCCGUGACCGGUGUGUCCCCGUACCUGCGCUUCGGCGCCCUGUCACCGCGGCUCUUCUACCGGGACCUGGCCUACCUCUACCGAAAGAUCAAGCACGCCGACCCGCCGCUCUCACUGCACGGCCAGCUCCUCUGGAGGGAGUUCUUCUACGUGGCCGCCACCAACAAUCCCAACUUCGACCGGAUGGUCGGCAACCCCAUCUGCGUGCAAAUUCCCUGGGACAAGAACCCCAAGGCGCUGGCGAAAUGGGCUAGCGGUCAGACCGGUUUUCCGUGGAUCGACGCCAUCAUGACCCAGCUGCGCCAGGAGGGCUGGAUCCACCACCUGGCGCGGCACGCGGUGGCCUGCUUCCUCACCCGUGGAUACCUCUGGCUCAGCUGGGAGGAGGGCAUGCAGGUGUUUGAGGAGCUGCUCCUGGACGCCGACUGGUCGGUGAACGCCGGCACCUGGAUGUGGCUGAGCUGUUCGUCGUUCUUCCAGCAGUUCUUCCACUGUUACAGCCCCGUGCGGUUCGGACGCAAGGUUGACCCAGAGGGUGACUAUAUCAGGACGUACCUGCCCGUGCUGAAGGGCAUGCCGUCCCGCUACAUCCACGAGCCGUGGCUGGCGCCCAAGAGCGUCCAGAAGGCGGCCAAGUGUAUUGUCGGCGAGGACUACCCGCUGCCGAUAGUGUGUCACACAGACGCCAGUCGGAUCAACGUGGAGCGGAUGCGUCAGAUCUACUCGCGGCUGCUCGGAUACAAGGGCCACAAAGGAGAGCUGAUGGGCUCGCCGGAGAUCGUGGCCACGGAGCCGGGCUGCGAGACGCUGUCGCCGGGCCGGCCGCCGCCGCCGCCGCCGCCCCCGCCGGGGUCGGCGCCCGGCUCCCACCACGCGGCCAGCGGCGUGCCUCACAAACAGGAGCUGCUGCAGGCGGCCCGGAGGGUGAGAGUCGAGGAGCAGCGCGAGGCCUGAGCGGGCGCCGCGCGAGCGCUGGGCUCCGAUCUCACGCCCGCGGGCGCUCCGGUGGAGCGGGCAGCGGGGCGCUGCGGGCGCCGGCUGUGCCGUGGGGGCGCGGUGCCGGCGGCAGUGUCCCGCUGAUGUACGGCAGUGGUGGCGCCGCCCCGCCCAGUGCGCUGAGAGCAUGCUAGUCUGUCGGGCGGCGGCAGGGGGCGGGCGCCGCGCGCAGGGUACGUGAAGGGCGCGUCCCAUCCCACAUGGUGCUAAUUGUGCAGUGUGACGAUCAUAUCAGCCUCUCCGCGGCUCGGGUCUCCAGUCGCCGCAGCGGGCGCGACCGACGGACGAUAUCAGUCAAGGGUAAGUUUGGAAAACCCCUAAGCAGGGUUUUCUGCUUCAAUUUUCUUUUAUUCUCCAAAUGAAAAUUGGGCAAAUCAGCUUAUAUCUGCAUUCUGCAUCACUCGUACGUACGGGCCCCACGGCUGCUUUUUGCAGUUGCACGGUUCAAUGGUUUGUACUUUACUCCGUUCCAAUGAAAUGUAUGAUAGCAGGCACAAAGGCCAGGAAAUUGGUGAACUGUUGUCAUCGAGUGAUGAAAUCUCAGAAUGCCAGAGACGACGCCUGGGCAGAUUCAAAGCCGGACGGAAUAUUUAUAUAUGAGGUAGUGCAAAUAGCUUAUUAAGCAGUCAGCUGUAAGUGGAGUUGAAUGGAAGUUAAGCGCUGAAGCUCAGAUUGUGAAUUUGCUGAUCGUAUGGCCGAUAUUGCAGCUGUUACAGCCGGUAUUGCAGCUGUUGCAGCCGGUAUUGCAGCUGCUGCUGCUGAUAUUGCAGCUGAUAUUGCAGCUGCUGGGGGUGCCGGUUCGUGUGCCGCUGGCAGGGUCGCCGGUCCGCGGUGCGCGCUGAGCUGUGCGCCGGCAGAGGGCGGCACUGGUUGCUCAUUGUGUGUGUGUCGACGGCGUGUCGGUACGCCGGUCACUGUAGGUCGUACGGCGGGCCACGGGAGCCGGUUCCCGUGACCGGGACGGCGGGAGGGCCGCUGACACGGGUCAGACCGUGCCCGUUGGUAGUCACUCGCCGCCAGGCGGUGUUAGUGCGUCCGGUCGGGGGCGCCAACAUUUUCAUAUUGUUCAGUGUGGCCGUUGACGCGUUGUGCAGAAUACACACGGAUUUCAUUG